AUGAUUAUGAGUAAAGGUCGCCGUAGUCGAACGACCUUCUCUCGCUAUCAACUGCAAGCAUUGGAAGAGCUUUAUGGAACCACACAUUAUCCAGAUGUUUUUACGCGACAAAAACUGGCUGAUCAAAUUAAUCUCGCCGAAAGUCGUGUUCAGAUUUGGUUUAAAAAUCGCAGAGCCAAAAGUCGUCUUCAAGAGAAACAAAAAGUGCUAAAUGAAAGCGCAACAGUGGAUGAGCUGGCCAAUGAUGAUACGAUCUCACCGACAACGCAACAACGAAAGCAACAGCAAGAAAUUGCAAAACGCGAUUCUGACAAAAGUCCAUCACCGUCAGCGAUAUUAGAAUCGAUGAAGAAAAUAGCUGGAAAACAUUCGAAACCACUGAAUGCGAAUCUCGAGAACAUUCUCAAUAAUUUCAUCAACAGUUCAUCAUCGAGCAAUACGUCGAUUAAUGACCCUACUACA